AUGGCGGACGACAACACUAUCAUCGAGGGAACCGUCAAGUUCCGGGACGGGAAGAAGUGGAAGUCCCGGUGGUGCGUGAUGCGCAAGCUGUCGCCGGUCGCAGAUUGCGUGCACCUCCAGUUGUACCGCGACUCGAAGGCGCGCUGUGCGGGCGCGGCCAGCAAGGCGUCGCUAUCGCUGCAGCACUACCUCGGCAGCGAGGCCGGCUUCACGCUGGACAAGCACUCUAACACGCUUGCGCUCGUAUGCCGGGACCUGGUCGCCAUCCUCGCCUUCGAGACACGCGAGCGUCUCAUCCAGUGGCAGGUGAAGGUGAGCGCGCACCUGGGCGAGCCACGCCACUAUCUCGUGCUGGUGGGGGGUGCAGGGGGCGCAGGGGGCGCAGGUAACAAGCGCCUGCCGGCCGGCCCGGCGCGCCUGCACCUGCACGAGCGCCGCUUCGCGCUCACCGCUGGAGUGCCUCCUCGACUACUCGGCAUAUGGGAGCUGCCGCACCUCAGACGGUACGGUGUGGUCGAGGGCAGGUUUUGCUUCGAAGGCGGCUCACACUGCGGUAAGGGCGAAGGUCUUCACGUGCUGAUUACAGACCAGGCCAAGGAGUUGGCGCGUGACUUUGAUUUGGCCUCACAGGGUCGCCUCUCGCCCAGAAGAAGGCCAAAUAAUUUUAAAAAUAGUGAAGGUGCAGAUAGUCCAAAAUCCCAUAAGGCUUAUCGGCCCGAUACUAGACUCUCUGAGCUGAACACAAUAGACCACUCUCUCCCGCCUAUAGACAUCCACAACUAUGAAGAGGGCUGUGAGGAGACAGGAGCCAUCUCUCCGUAUUGGCCAUCUGCAGAGAGAACAAACUUUCAGGACAUGGGUCAUGGUGACACCGCGUCCGUGAACGAGACGGUGGAGGAAGCAGCCACGUGGAACGGAGUAAGCAACGUGACGUUGGAGAGGUGCAUGAGCUGCAUCUCCAAGCUGGGGGCAUUGUCGCGGUCUUCUACGGCGGCCCUAACGCCUGGCGCUAAGCACUUUAACCCUGCGUGGACUAUGGAACCUGUUCACGAAACCCUUCCUACAGAACCCACAGAGCUCACUCAACAUUGUGAUAUUCUUCUUAGUGCAACCGAUAAGACUGACGAUGCUUGCCAUUGCCCUACAUGGCCUGAACGGCCACCGGAGAGACCCCCCAAGCCCACACGGCUAGAGCUUAAUCUAAAUAGGAAACCGGUACCUGUUUGCCGCUGUUCACAUAGUGUGCCAGACGAUAAGCUCUGCAGAGUUGGACCCUAUGAAAACUACGAUGUACCAAAAGUUCCACACCAAGAUGAGUAUUACGAUACGCCGAAGCGGCUCAAAGAGUGUCUAACUAAUGAAUUAUUUAAAGUUACUAAAAGUUCGACGUCGAAUGCAGUCAUUUUGAAAAAACCCUGUGGUUGUUUACUGAAAUUUGGCAAAAGACGAAGAGAACCAACGAUAGUGGAUUCUGAGGAAAACUUCCAACCAGCUAGUUGUCCUUGUCAACGUGUCACUGAUUGGGCAAACAAUUGGAUAAAGUUACCAUAUUGCAGGAAAACCACUGUUUCUAGUGAUAAUUUGGUGCCAAACAAAGAAAAUAUGACCCCUAAUAGUAGUGAUGGAACCGCACUUUAUGCUACAAUAGACUUAUCAAGGAAGAUAAGAAGAAAACAACGGCCUUGUGACCGGCAUCUAGACGCUCCCGAGAGUGAGUCUCUUCGAGGUCUGACUAGUUCUGCAGAAAUUGAUGACGGCCCACUGGCCAACUAUGAAAAUCUUAGUUUUGCCCUAUCUUUAGAGCACUACGAAAAUGCCAAAGAUUUAUUAAGAAAAGUUGGUGUCACACAAUCAGAACUGGAUGCAAUUAGCGCUAAUUUAAAUCCUAGUUCAUUUGUUCCGACGGAUGCCAGUCUUUGUACAAAAUGUGGUCACGCGCAGCAUCAGCGUUUUAACAAAAACUUAGUCCGAGAUAAUUUACCUGUUGGGGCAAAUGACGAUUAUUUAAUGAUGGAACCCGACGCCAGUAACAAGUUAGAACAAAGCAAACCGUUGCCAGCGGGUUAUACUCCAAUGUCUCCAAUAGGAGGUUUUGCAUUUAAUACUCUAAAACACCCUGCUAGGAGUCCUAUUAGUAGGCUACUCGAAGAGAAAUCAGCGAGUAACCCAACAUUGUGCGAGGAAAGCAGACGAUCGGGUACAACCGACGCUGCUGCAGUAUGCACAGCCAGCACUGUCACCGAGCGACCUGACAGAAUUGAGUAUAGAAAACGUUCCAGCUCUGCAGACUCUUCACGAUUCCUUGAAGACGUGAAAGAAUUCGAUGGCAGCAUCGGCAGUCAGGGUUCCACAUCCUCUAUUGAAACGCUACGUAACAUCGCGGUCGAUGGGCGGCCUUCAACACCAUGUAACUGUAUAGUCGAUAACAAACAUUCGGAUGCAGACAGUUCAGAAGCAUCUAAAGGAGCACGUAGUAGGCUGCCACCAGCGAGGCGUUCGUCUUCUGUGCCAGGAAAGGCGGGAGGGAACAGGGAUUCGUCAAGUUCUAAUGACUCGGGCGUGUCAAGCUGCUCAUUGCGGCGAGGCGAGCUGUUCGAGCUGCCGCUGACGACGGCUGCGGCGCGGCGCCACUACCGCAGCGCGCGGCGCGCGGCGGCCGGCACCAGCACGUCAUUGCCGCGCCGCAGCCGCUCCACAGACCCGCUAAGUGACGUCACCACUGGGCAGAGAGAGCGCGUGCCUGCAAAAUCUUCUUCUGCUGAAGCUGAGGUGCCUGUCCUCACUGUCAAGCCGCUCCGAGGGGUAAUGGACACCCACAGUACGUCCAGCGGUACCUCCGAUAUGUCGGACUACAUCGAAACUCUGUCUAUAUGCUCUUCCCAUUCGUCGACAGAUACUCCUAUAACCAUGAGGGUGAUGCGUCAGACGACGAGCACGCUGCGGCCGCGCUCGGGCAAGGAGUACGGCAGCCUAGACCCGCGCCUGGCGUCCGCCUACCGCCACCCGCACCACUACACCAACCUGCCCUAG